GCACCCUCCGGCGGGGUGCGGGCCGGCGGGGCGCUGCGGCCUCUGCGGCCCGGUUCCCUCCUCCCGCUCCUCGCGUGCUCCUCGCUGGCCCCGCGCCCGCCGGUGACGCGCCCGCGCUCCUUGCCGGAGAGGAGCGCGGCCGCGGGGGCGCGCCCCGGUGGCUCCGCCCCCCCCAGCUCCCUCCCCUGAGUCCCGGGUGCCCAGCUCGCGCGGCUCGGUGCAAGGAGAGCGGGGACCCCGCGCCAGCCCGCCCCUGCGUCCCCGCCCCGGCGUGCGAGGCGCCGCGCCCUCCUGCUCCCCUGCUCGGUGCAUGGAGGGGCCCGUUCGGAUCGCAGCCGCCGCCGCCGUAGCAGCCGCCAGAGCGCGGGGGAUGACCUGGGGGUGGCUUUCGGAGCCGGCUGCCGCGCAGGAGGUCCGGGGACUGAGGCUGCCCCGCCGAGAGUGAGCCAACGCCCGGAAGUCUGUCCUGCCUGAUUCUGUAAUCUGGCGCUAUGCAUCCAGAUCCUUGGCAUUUACAGACACUGCUGUACCUCGUUACUCUCACGGUUCUGUGCCCUUCUGUGAAUUCAGGGUUGGCACCUUAUUUUAUUUCUGAGCCACUGUCCGCUGUCCAGAAACUUGGUGGACCCGUAGUACUACAUUGUUCUGCUAAACCUGUGACUGCUCAUAUCUCAUGGUUGCAUAAUGGAAAAAGACUGGAUAGAAACAUGGAACAGAUUAAGAUUCAUCAGGGGACUUUGACUAUCGUGUCUCUUAAUCCCUCCCUUUCGGGUUCCUACCAGUGCGUCGCCAACAAUAGCAUCGGUGCCGUUGUCAGCAGCCCUGCGACAGUGUCCACUGCUGUUCUCGGUGACUUCAGUUCAGCAACAAAGCAUGUUAUUACAGCAGAAGAAAAGAGUACUGGUUUCAUUGGCUGCAAGGUACCAGAUAGUAACCCCAAGGCCGAGGUGCGCUAUAAAAUCCGGGGAAAGUGGCUGAAACAUUCCACAGAGAAUUACUUAAUCCUUCCAUCGGGAAAUCUUCAGAUUUUGAAUGUAUCUUUAGAAGACAAGGGAUCAUAUAAAUGUGCAGCUUUUAAUCCUGUCACAAAUGAAUUAAAAGUUGAACCCAUUGGCCGAAAGCUUCUUGUGAGUCGCCCUUCUUCAGAGGAUUUUCACAUUCUGCACCCCACCCUGUCACAGGCAUUAGCUGUCCUUUCUCAUAGCCCUGUCACGCUGGAGUGUGUGGUGCGUGGGGUCCCAGCUUCUCAAGUGCACUGGCUAAAGGAUGGUCAGGAUGCUAUGCCGGGAAGCAAUUGGAGAAGGUUGUAUUCUCAUCUUGCCACAGACAGCAUUGACCCAGCGGACUCUGGAAACUAUUCUUGUAUAGUGGGAAACAAGUCUGGAGACAUACAACGUGUGACUUACAUGGUUAAUGUACUAGAAAAUGCGUCAAUUUCAAAAGGAUUACAGGAUCAGACCGUCUCUCUGGGCGCCACAGUACAAUUCACUUGUGAGGUUCACGGGAACCCAACUCCCAACCGCACUUGGUUCCAUAACGCGCAGCCUGUUCGUCCUUCCCCACGACAUCUCACUGCGGGAAAUGGACUGAGAAUCAGCGGUGUGACCCUGGAAGAUUCGGGGCUGUAUCAGUGUGUAGCAGAUAAUGGGAUUGGAUUCAUACAGUCUACUGGGAGACUUGAGAUUGAAAAAGGCGGUGGACUCAAGCCAGUUAUAAUUACAUCACCAGCCAGUGCGCAGGUGGUAGAUGGAGACUUUGUGACUUUGUCCUGCAACGCCACUGGAAUGCCAGUCCCGGUCAUGCGUUGGUACGACAGGCAUGGGUUGAUAACCAGCCAUCCGUCUCAAGUGCUUAGAUCCAAAUCCCGGAAAUCACAUGUACGACCUGGGGGCUUUGACUUGGAGCCGGUCUACUUCAUCAUGUCCCGGGCUGGCGCAAGCUCCCUGUACAUUCAGGCUGUCACCCAGGAGCACGCCGGGAAAUACACCUGCGAAGCUACCAACGAACAUGGCAGUACACGGUCAGAGGCAGUCCUCUCAGUGGUUCCUUUUGAAACAAAUACAAAAGCGGGACCAGUCACAGCUUCCAGUCCCGCUUGGAAUGAUAAAAGAGAUGGUUCAGAAGCUGGAUCGUUGAACUCCUUUCCAGUGAAGGAGCACCCCAGGGCAGUGGAUUCAGCACCAGAGAAAAAUGCUAGUGGAGCCGCCGUCCCGGAUGCCCCCAUCAUUCUGAGCCCUCCGCAGACCUACACAGCUGAUACAUACCACCUGGUCUGGAGGGCCGGGAAGGAUGGCGGGCUGCCCAUCAAUGCCUAUUUUGUGAAGUAUCGAAAGCUCGAUGAUGGUGUUGGCCUGGUGGGAAGCUGGCACACGGUUCGAGUCCCAGGAAGUGAAAAUGAGCUCCAUCUAACAGAACUGGAGCCCUCUAGUCUCUAUGAAGUUUUGAUGGUCGCAAGAAGCGCAGCGGGUGAAGGCCAGCCCUCCAUGCUCACCUUCCGCACAAGCAAAGAGAAAACAACCUCAUCGAAAAACACACAGGCGUCCUCACCCCCCAUGGGCGUCCCUCGGCGCCCCGUUGUUUCAGAGGCUGCAGACAACUUUGGAGUGGUCCUUACAGAUUCCUCUAGGCAUAGUGGAGUUCCAGAGGCACCUGACCGGCCUACCAUCUCCACGGCAUCAGAGACCUCUGUCUACGUCACUUGGAUUCCUCGGGCCAACGGGGGUUCUCCAAUCACUGCCUUCAAGGUCGAAUACAAACGGAUGAGGACCAGUGAUUGGCUGGUGGCCGCUGAAGAUAUCCCUCCUUCCAAACUUUCUGUGGAAGUUCGUAGCUUAGAGCCAGGUUCAACAUACAAGUUUAGGGUCAUUGCCAUCAACCAUUAUGGUGAGAGUUUCCGGAGUUCAGCGUCUCGUCCUUAUCAGGUGGCUGGGUUCCCCAAUCGUUUUUCCAACCGUCCGAUCACGGGACCUCACAUCGCGUAUACUGAAGCUGUCAGCGAUACUCAGAUCAUGCUGAAGUGGACGUAUAUUCCAUCAAGUAACAAUAAUACUCCCAUUCAAGGAUUUUAUAUCUACUACCGGCCUACAGAUAGUGAUAAUGACAGUGAUUACAAGAGGGAUGUGGUAGAAGGUUCAAAGCAGUGGCACAUGAUUGGCCAUCUGCAACCAGAAACUUCCUACGAUAUUAAAAUGCAGUGCUUCAACGAAGGGGGAGAAAGCGAGUUUAGUAACGUGAUGAUCUGCGAAACUAAAGUGAAACGCCUCCCUGGAGCUUCUGAGUAUCCCGUCAAAGACUUGAGUACCCCUCCCAGUGCUUCGGGAAGUGGACGAAACGCCGGGCCAGCAAGCAGCCCCAGCAGAAGCAGCGACAUGUUGUAUCUGAUCGUUGGCUGCGUGCUCGGUGUCAUGGUCCUCAUCCUCAUGGUCUUCAUUGCCAUGUGCCUGUGGAAGAACCGCCAGCAAAACACCAUACAGAAGUAUGACCCUCCAGGAUAUCUCUACCAGGGGUCAGAUAUUAAUGGGCAGAUGGUGGAAUAUACUACUCUGCCUGGCACAAAUCGGAUAAAUGGGAAUGUUCAUGGAAGCUUCAUAAGCAAUGGCGGUCUCAGCAAUGGCUGCUCCCAUCUUCACCAUAAGAUCCCCAACGGAGUCGGUGGAGUCAUGAAUGGGAGCUUAAACGGAGGGCUUUACUCGGGGCACACAAGCUCACUACCCAGGACACAUGUGGAUUUUGAACAUCCUCGUCACCUAGUAAAUGGUGGUGGACUGUACACAGCAGUACCCCGGACCGACCCGCUGGAGUGCGUUAACUGUCGAAACUGUCGGAACAACAACAGGUGUUUCACGAAAACUAACAGCACUUUCAGCAGCAGCCCCCUUCCUGUGGUCCCAGUGGUAACAUCUUAUCCUCAGGAUGGUUUGGAAAUGAAGCCCCUCGGUCACAUGAAGAUGCCUGCAUGUCUGGCUUCCACAGUCCCCGACUGUGGCCAGUCACCUGAAGAGGACUUCAAAGAUGACAUGGCGCCAAGACCUGCCCAGCAUACUUGCUGUCAGGACAGUAGGAGUGAGAUCAACUCUGAGUGCACAGAAGAUACAGCAGAGUUCAACAGAGGAGACAGCUGCGUCCAUUCAGAAACAGAGAACAAAAUUUUAAGUUGGAAUCCUCUUAUUUUGCCUGAUGUGUCCAAGGACUGUACUGAAAAGACCACCUGGUCUCCUUCUGGCAUUUCUUUAGACAGCCCUGCAGGGGUCCUUCAGCAACCCCAAGAAACCUGAGGGAGUUAUGCAUCCCCCCUAACCUUGAGUCGUUCUGAACUUGUAUGAACCCAGUCACCAACAACAGUCCUGCCUGAUGUCGCUUCCCCAGGAAGUCAGAGGACAUAGCAGCAUCUCGUGAACCCUCACAACAGAUCUCCAACACAGUCCCCCACCACAGAGCUGGCGCUUCAACCCGAUUUACCCGGAGCUGUAAUCCGAGCUCCUUUCAGUUUUCCAGACUGCUUUCCAAAUACAUGCGGUUCCCUCUUGCCAUGGAACCAGCCCGGGUCUGCGUGCUCUCUCCCGCCCUCCCCUGCUGCAUGCUUCCUCCGACUCGACCCCAGAGCCCAGAAGCUGCCCUCUGUCCAUGCGGGCAGAGCAUGCCUGUCACUUGGUCUUCCCAGAGCCCCCAUAUCUCCCGGUGACAGCCCUCACCACCACCACCCCCCGCCUGGGAAUGGGAUCUUCCCUGGGCUCAGUGAGCAUGUCAUUGGUCAGGCCUCCUCUGUUCCUUCUGGUCUUCGAAUUCUCUGUGGUUCUUUGUUUUAGCGUCAAACUCUGCCCGUGCUCCUGGUGUGUCAUUUCACUGUGUCCUUUCCCCCCCAUUAUGUACCGAUCGUCUGCUCAUAGGUGCUGUACAGGUUGUGAGUGAACUUGCAAUGUUUUUAACACCUGUGAUGUGGCCUUUUAGGAAAGCAUCUUUUUCUGGGUUUUGUUUUUGUGGAGUGAGUCUGUGAAGGCCAGUACCCAGAGAGCUCAUUCCGGAGAGAGUACUGCCAAGAACUUGACUUCAUGGCUGGAUUUCACGUGUUGCUCUGUUUUGUUUUGUUUUUUUUAAAAGUAAUGGCUUUGAGAUGCAUGUUUUUGUAUCCUAUUGAAAAGUAUGUUUUAUUUCCCUGAAAGUUGUAAUGUUAUGUUUGGAACUGUACAUAUUCUAAAUGAUGUAGCGUUGACAGGUUUUGUCUGGUUGAUAUGAUUUUCUAUUAAAAGAGAACGCUGCUUUCCUGGAGAGUAGCGUCUGAAGAUGGGGAACAUCAGAUACUCCCUGUUCGUAUGAAGCUGCUUCUAGCUUGUGGUCGGGGUGGGUGUACGUCUUCCUCAGACCUCCAUCCCCGCCCGUCCUCUUCUGAAAAUCCCCAUUGCAUGUCCCAGAGCCACGUGAGUUAAUCCCUUCUGUUCUGACCACAGAGAUCCGGCCCUGAAGGAGCAGGAUCUAGGACAGCCAGUGUUUCAUGGGGAGCCUGGGGGUAUACCUGAGCCCCGGGGGGCUGUGUCCGAGCAGGCAGACGCCCCACCCUCGGGGGAGCUCUGUGUCUCUGGAAGGAAGCCAGGAGGGACGGAGAGGAGCCUGAGGGGCAUGGAGAGGAGUGAGCCCUCCUCGCUGUUGUCUGUGCUGACCAUUGGACCAUCUGUGUGAACCCCUGGGCAGACAUUGCGCCUCCUCAAGAAAAGCAGCCCUAAAAAAAAAAUGUCUGGGCUCCUUCGACCAGAAAGCCAACAGGGUCUUUGGCAUGGGGUGGGGCCUUGUUCUGUUUUAUUCCCCGUGUUGAAAUAAGCCUCCCUUAAACCUUAGCUCCAGUCCUGAGAGCCUGGAGAGAACUUGAAAUCCCUUUUCUAAUAAAGUUGAAAUCUGUGAGAACCUAA